AGAAGAAGAAGGAAGAAGAAGAGAAGGAGGAGGAGGAGGAGGAGGAGGAGGAGGAGGAGGAGGAAAGAAGGAGGAUAUCUCACAAUUAAUAUUUUCUCAAGUCGCAGUGAAGCAGAAAUAUUAAUUAAUGAAGAAAAGAUCGUGGGUCUAAAAGAUGUGUCACCCAGCCAGCCUCUCAGUGCCAUGUCAGACGUCGAGGGGGAAGGCGCGGCUCUCCUCCUCUCCGUCUUUAGUCUCGUGGAUGGCCACCUUAUGAUAAACAAGUCAGUUAAUCUACAUAAAUAUUCCCACGACCUCUCUCUCUCUCCCACGCUCGCCUCGCUCGCCCCGCUCAGACUGGUAGUAAUGGCGGUCAAGACAGACGCGGCCCUCAACAGACCAUUAUCCAUUUGCCGCCUGUUUAAAGAUCUCGGGGCAACACAAGCUCAUAUUUUACCUGUCCGUGGGUACCUGGCGUGGGUCUUCACUACUGGGGGGCGUUCCUGGGGGGAGAGCGUGUCCCUCCACCCCCCCACCCACUCUAUGACCCACCACGCCCAUCACGCACGCCCACACACACGCCCAGAUCUCACGCAAAGCCAGACAGAGGAGCAACUGGAUUUGGUGAACAGGUGUGAGGUGAGGGCAGGUGUGGUGACGCCCCUCUUCGCCUCACCUGUGCGUCUUGAGGUGGUGGUGCCCUUAAUUACAGACUGCUGGGGGAGGAGGGAGGGGCUGGAGGAGGCGCGGGCGGCGUUCUGCAGGCGUUACGCGGGGUAUGGCGCUCUCUGUGACUGCACGGCGCCCGCUCCACUCACCUAUACGGAAAUACAGCUGGAGAACAGUGUGAUCGAGGACGUGCCGGUGGCCAUCAUAGCGAGAGCGAGACCCACAGACCUCUACAAGUGCCUGGUGACAGUGUUGCGGGCGGCGGGUGGGCGGCGCGGGCGUAUCGUGGUGGUGCGUGACGGGGAGAAUGAAGAAGUGACGGCUUUGUUACGACUACUGCAGAUACAACACGUGAUCCACCGCUGGGAACAAGACCCGCGCCAUUUCGCCUCAAGUGGAGCGCGGAUCUCACUCCACUACCGCUACGCUCUCCACUAUGUCUUCCACCUCGCCUUCCCCGCCUCCACCCGCGCCAUUCUGCUGGAGGAGGACUUGCUGGUGGCGCGGGACUUCUUCAGCUACUUCAACCAGACAGCUUAUCUACUGGAGAAGGAUCCAAGCUUAUUCUGUAUCAGCGCCUGGAACGACCUUGGCGCUCUCCACACUGCCUCCAGGCCGGACCUUCUGUACCGGGUGGAGACUCACGCUGGCUACGGCUGGAUGAUGGCCAAAAGCUUCCAGGAGGAGGUGUAUGCGAAGUGGGAGGCGCCGGAGAAGGACCACGACUGGGACAUCUGGUUCAGGAGCACAGAGAUAAGGGCAGGGCGGGAGUGCGUGGUACCAGAUGUGUCCAGGACCUACCACGGGGGUGUGACUGGCGCCCACAUCAAGGGAGUCAUGACGCACGCCCACUUCACCGCCCACCCUGUUACUGAUGGCUAUGUCAGGCUUACCAAUGUGGAGAGAAUGACCCAGGCGGCGUACGAGGAGGACCUGUACAAGACUCUAGAGGGAGACAAUGUUUACUUUUUAAAUUCCCCGCGCCAUCCUUGCUCCAGAGAAUACGUGCCCAAAAAUUUUACCGCUGGCCCAAUUGUCAUUUUCUUCUCCAUGACAAGCAAAGACCACCACUUAGGAUGGAAGAAAAUGGGAGCUUGUCUGGGUGUGUGGAACCUAGACCCGAGAUCGCACCACCGGGGGCUGUUCAGACUGACUUACUACGAGACUGAACUAUUCCUCAUCGGCUUCCCCUACAGCGACUACAGUUACCUCCGCGGCGCACACACACACGUUGUAGUGGAGCCGAAUGAAGUGGAAGAAUUUAUAUUAGGGCAGAAAACACUGGAAAACCGGGCCUUAUACAGAGUGCCACGUCUGGAGAAGCUGGCACCGUAUUUGGCAGUGGACAAGAGGCGCGUGGAGCGUAAGUGGAGGAGUCGCCACAGGAAACGAGAAACGAGCCAAAAACUACAAGGAGCGUCAGAAUUUCAAGAGCAGGAUCAAGUUGGGGGGAUUGAAGUUUUGGCGGGAAAACCUCUUUAUGAAAUUCUCGAUAAGGAAGGGCUGAAUCGGGUUGUGGGUUGGAGAGAUCACUACUACCACUCACGCCCACGCCUACGUAUUGCCACCACGCCCCCGGAACGUGUGAAAAUACAGAAAAAUGAGGGAGAACGUGUAUCGGUUGCCAGUGAAUCUUCCUCAUCUUUUUCUCCACGGUCCCCUUCAUGUUCCUCGAUAUCGUGCCAAUGGUUUACAUCGUGGGAGUUCAUGGCAGUGGCGCUUCUGGUGGUAACAUGGCUGGUAACACUGACUUCCCUCGGGUGUCUGGCGCACAACAAGUCUGGCAAGAUCUUUAUGGACUACCUCUCCUCCCUCUGCGCUACUGAGGAGGACGACGACGAUAACCAGGUCCUCGCUAAGGGCAUUGGAUACUUCGACGGGAGCCCUGGGAUGCGAAGACUUGUGCUUGUAGAAGACGAAGAAGAAGAAGAAGACGAAGAAGAAGACGAAGGAGAUGAAAAUAGCGAUAAAUCCUCAGAGAAAUCGGCUUCAACAGACAAGGACCGCGCAUGGAGACCUCCCAGGAAAGGCACUUAUAUCCUGCAGGAGGCGACGAAGGAUUACGUGGUAGAACUAGGGACUUACAGGCUACAGGAAGAUAUAAAUGAGGAAACAGAGGAGGAUAAAAUAGCAUACGUACUAGAAGGCGGGACCUACAUCCUUGAGACAGAGAGACAGCAGAGAAAUGGGGGAAUAGGAACGGGAAGAGGGAUAGGAGAAGAUAUGGGGCUAAAAUAUGGUUUUGUGGGGGGUAACAUAGCGAGAAUACACAAUAUAGAAGGCUUGUAUGGGCUGAUAAGACAAGGAGAACCAAGUAUCGUGAUAGGUAAUGAUAGGAGAGGCAGAAUACACGAUAUAGAAGGUUUGUAUGGGCUGAUAAGACAAGGGGAACCAAGUAUCGUGAUAGGUAAUGAUAGGAGAGGCAGAAUACAUGAUAUAGAAGGUUUGUAUGGGCUGAUAAGACAAGGAGAGACAGGUGUUGUGAUAGAUAAUGAUAGGAGAGGCAGAAUACACGAUAUAGAAGGUUUGUAUGGGAUGAUAAGGCAAGGAGAGACAGGUGGGGUGAUAAAUAAUAAUAGGAUUGGCAGAGGAUGUUACGAGUUUAGAGAUUACAAUGAAGGAAGUGAGUGGAGAGAUAUAGAGAGGAUGACAAGUGUGGAGAUAAGAGAUGACGUCAUAGGCAUGGAGAGAAGAAGAGCAGAGACGGGGAUAAGCCAAAGAGGAAGUGAUGAAAUAGGAAUAGAGAGAGAACGAGAAGAAAUAGGAAGAAUACGCAAGCUUUCUUUAGACGACAUCAUGCAAAGACGAAACGAAAUCAGACAACAAAUAGAAAACGGAGGAGAAACACAAGAAAUAAGGCGAAUAAACACACAGAGAAGAGAAAGAAGAGAAGACAGCAUCAUAUUAACAGCAAGCAGUUUAGCAGACAAUAACAGGAGGAUUAUAAAAGAAAUCGUGACCAAAACAACAAGUGAAGGGGGGACGAUGCUAAACCCAAGAAGGUCACUAGGCGGAGCACGACCAAGGGCAAAUACUAGCAGUUAUACAAGGAGAGCAGCGUCCUUCCCGAUGGAUAACUACUGCCCAGUCCAACUCUUGCCCCGGAAACUCUCGCUCAUACUGGAGGAGGAGAUUGAUAAGAUUUCUACAUUUAGUCAUCUCUGUAGCCUUGAAAAACAGUCGUGGACAAUAAUAAUGGUGAGGAAGACAAAAAGAAAAAGAAAUAAAGAAAAUGAAGGAAGAGGCAAAGUAAGAACAUGAUAAAUAGAGAAGAAAGAAAGAAUUAAAGUGUCAGGAAAUGGAAAAUAUAGAAAGAGAGGAGAGAGGAAAGAAAGAAAUGAUGGAAAAAGGCGAAGUGAAACUGAUAAAUAGAGAAAAAAGAAAGAAAAAAAUAGAUUAAUGAGAAAUGAGAGUUAACGUGUCAGAAAAUGGGAAAUAUUUAGAGAGAAAACAAAAGAAAUUAAGGAAGAGCUGGAGGAAGAAUGAUAAAUAGAGAAGAAAAGAAAAAAGAAAAAGAAAAAAGUUAAUGUGACCGAUGAUGAAAGAGAAACAAAAAAGAGAGAAAAGGAAAGAAAGAAAUGAAGGAAGAGACAAAAUAAGAAUGAUAGAGAGAAGAAAAAGGAAAGGAA